CAUAGCGGCAGACUCGCGGGGCAAUGAUGGUCUGAAAGUUAACUAGGAAAAUUACAAUUAUGAAUUUGUUGAGGGAAAGCGACUCAGGCUGAGGAAAUAUGAGCGAAUCCUUCAACAGAAGUUUCGCGACGAGCAGAGGAAAGAUCACUUAUCAUGAAAGGGCUUAAAAUUACUGAUGAAACACUAGAAGAUAGAUUGGCAUUUGAUGAGAUUUUUGUGGAAUACUUCAAUGCUUUCUUAGCAUUGCCGGCUUUCACCAAGCAACUGCAGUAUGAUCCACUAUCUGGGACUUUUAGGGAUUUCACUGGAAAGACUGACAGUGAUUUCAAAGAUUUAAAACCAAGUCAAGACCCAGAAGCUGACACAAAACAGAGAGAGAAGUCCUUUACAUGGGUGAAAACAGAGAGACUGCCAUUGUUUGUGAGAACCCGUCUUUAUCUCGAAUACAAACUCUGCCGUCUCCUUCUGCGCACGCUCGAAAAUCGAACAGCGCGUGUCAGCAGUCGUGGCCUGGGUGGGUACAGUCGUGCCACAAGUUAUACCGUCUUUAGCCCAGUUGGGAAUGUAGUCCGUCCAUCAAGUCGUGCCUCUAACCAAUCAUGGCCAGGUAUUUUGAUUCGUCAUUAUGGAAGGAGGCCGCUGGGCAGCGCAACAAGUUUGCCUGCCAUGAUGAAUUUGGGAAUAGCACCUAACGGCCAAACGAUUCAGAAGAAAGAAAAUGGAAAAGAAAGCAAUAAAGACGUGGAAGAAAAAAUGGAAGGAGCCGUGAUCACUGAGGAACAAAUUGAUGGUGACAACGUGACUGGCGUGACCAGGACAAACGAAGAAACCGAUAAGGAUGAAUCAACACUCGAAAAGCGCAAGGCAAGAGCAAAAAGUGUCACGCUUAAAGAUGAGGCCAAGACUCACGAUCCCCCAAAUGACGAGGAUUUGGAAAUCAAACCGGAAGAAACGGAGGAACCUGAGGCGGAAGACGACUUCUCAGAUUUCCCGGAUAAUGAGCUUGGUGCUGUUGUGGCGUUUGACGAAGAUGAUUUGGAUGAAGCACAAACAGAAGCUGAUGUUAAAAACAUUACUAGCAAGCAUCAAAUGACAAUCGAAGAACUAAAGAGAGAAGUUUUGGGAUCGCUACAAGGCAUGGAACUUUUCAAGACAUUUUUAGAAGACAAGUCGGGAAAACAUUUGUUUAAUUUUUGGCUGGACGCCGAGAGAUACAAAGACAGUUUAGAGUCUGAACCGGAGGAUACACUACGAGAACAGAUGACAAGAUUGUUCCGAGAAAUUCAGGACAAGUAUAAAAACUUCCUGACAGUAGACGCAAAGGAACAGAUAGAGAGAGCACUAUAUGAAGGGGGGCUCACACAGGAUCUGUUCGCGAGGACCCAGUACGACAUGCUGAGGAGAUUACGUUCCUACUGGAUCCCAAGGUUCUUGGUUCAUGUGGAAAGGAACAGUGACUUUGGAGACCAGUAUAUGGGAUAUAAUGAUCUCAACCGCCCACCAUCAGGCUUGAGUUUCUUUCCCACUGUAUCGUUCGCUCACUCCUUACCACCGCUAGGGGAAUGGUGUCGAGAGGUUGUUCGGUCACGCCAAUGGGACCGUGACAUCAUGGUGAAGGAGAAUAGGAACAAAUCAGCGCGGAGAAGACUGAGCCGAAUACCUGAAAGGAACGAAGAAGAAUUCACUGCUGCUCUUCGCGGAGAGAAGGAGGCUGGAUGUCCUUUUAAACGCUACUUGGAAAAUAACACCAGUGUUGACAAGUCUUUAUUAUGUAACCUCCUAUUUUGGUUGGAUGUAACUGAUUUCAAUGCAGCCGAGAAGAGAUCUGGUGACCGUUACCUCAGACUGGUCAAUGCUUGGGCGAUAUUCAACAAAUAUAUUGCGAAAGAUGCUGAAAUGAACAUUGGAUUGCACAACAGUGAAAGUCAAAAACUAGAAAGCAAUCUCCUCUCAUCCGAAGAUCUACCGCUGGCCUUUUUCAAGCCGGCUCAGGAGCAUGCUGUGAAAAGACUUGAACCAAGCUGGGAAGCCUUCAAACACUUUGAAGAGGAAACAUUUUUGAGGCCUGUCAAGGGACCUUUUGAUCGUAUGUCCAACAUCUCCAGCGAGAAGGUUGAAGAGAAGAGUCGAUAUUUCUCGCCGACAUCAGGACGCUGGGUGAAAAGACAUCCGGGAUCCACGCCCUCCCAGAGACAGAGGCGAUUGUAUACGUCAUUAGCAAUGGCUGAGGAAAUCGACGCUGAUCGUUCGUCUCCUCGGACCCAGUCACCAACACGGCCAUCAAUCCCACAGCCCUCCAAGGCUAAGAAGGCGAAACCCAAAGCCAAAAAGAAGACUAAAGCAUCAAAGAAUGUUUCUUUCGACUCCAAGAAAAAGAAAGCGACAGAUUCCGACGAGGAUGGAUCUGACAGUGACAAGAAAAAGCAGGGAGAACCUGCCAAGGCCGCUGUACCGGAUUUUGUGGACGUAUUAGAGAACAAAGGAACCAUGUCGGCUUUCAAGCAAUAUGUUCAGAACAUGGAGGGAAGGCAGUCUUUGAACCAAUUGUUAAUGUACUUGGAAAUCGAACAAUACAACGCCAUUUUACCUGCAAAAAAAGUCCAGAAAACGCAACAAGCAACGCAUAUUUACAAAACCUACUUUGAUCCCACAUCUAGAAGGUCGGUGGGUCUUCCCCAGUCCUUACUCAACCAGGUCGAUGGAGAGAGACCCACGUCUCCAGUCUUUACCGCGGCGCAGCAAUUCGUGCUUGGUGAUGUCCAGACUUACUUCAAAAGUUUUUUUAAGCAUGCGCAGGACACCGCUGGCCGACGAGAAGGUACACCAAACACUCCUGGAAGUUUUAACAAGGGUGACACAUUCGAGAGCUCACAGAGUUUCCUUCAGCUUUACAGAAGAAGAGCGAGAAAAAAUAAGAGCACUGGCCGAUCCGCUCCGUCUAAAGAAGACAAAGACAACUUUAAGAAAGUUCUGCAGUCUAUACACGGACGUCUUUCGGUUAAAAUGGAAUAUUUUCGGCGAUAUUUACAGGCCCAUGGUGAACCAGACGGCUUUCCUCGCUUAGAGAACGAUCUUGUUUUCUAUUUGGAAGUUCAGAAGUUCAAGGAAUUGUUUAACUACAUGGAUGAUGUUUCCCUAAAUCGUAAAGUAGAGGCAAUCAUCGAGUGUUUCUUGGACUCAGCCACCCCUCCCUGGCUACAGAUUGACAUUGGUCCCGAGCUUGCUUCUCGUAUUAUACACAAGGCCCAGGUCUUUUCGUCGGGGAAGAAAAUCCCCAGGGAACAAAAGGAGCCAGGGCUUUUCGACGAGGCUCAAAGCAUCUUGUUCAAGGAAAUGCUCCCCUAUUGGGCAGGAUUUUGUAAACAGUACACUCCACCUGAAGAUGGGGCAAAUGUCAAGUUACCUCCCACUAAACAAGAGAAACUCCUACAGAAACGCUACGCAGAAUUCCUGAAAUACCCGGCAGUCACUAAGACUAUCACUCUACCCCUGUUGGUACCUAGUGUACAUGGUCAGUCCAAGAGCGAGCUAAGUUUUUCUGUUUCGGACGGAAUGAAAUGGAAGGAAACUAAGGACCUUGAGACAGCUAGUGUUGCGUCGAGCCAGGCAGGGAGUGUUCGUGGGAGAGCGGGGGAGAAUGGUGCCACGGUGGACCUAUCUAAUCAGCAAACACAAGUAGAGGUAAACACUUGACGCAAGGUUUCCAAUGAUGGAGUGUACGCUGUCAGGCAGCGGAGACUAGUGAGAGAGCACGCACACUUUCCGCCCUUUUUCGUCAACGUAUCGGAAGAGAGCUUGUCACAGGCAAGAGCAUAGAAUGUUUAGCGAUAAUCCUUUCGUUAAUUUUUCUUAGAGGCAAUGGUGUGUCUGUUAUGCAAAACUACACCUUUUCACCUUCAAUACGUGAAAACUCCCUCUGGAACCUAUUUGAUUUGAUCAAGUGAUUUACAAACUUUGAUAAACUGCCAACGUCUCUGAACAUGUGUACUGUAUUUUUUAACAAAAGUGUUCUGAGAACUUAGAAAAUACACAGAGACUUUGUAGAUAGACUUAAAAGACCGGUAAUUACAGCGCAAGCCUUUUGGUACCAGCAAGCAAUUUUUUGAUUCAAUGACGAAUUUUCUAGACGCAUUGCAUUCGCGCAGAAGUAUUUAUUUUGUAAAUUGUAUUUUUCUAAAAAAUGUAAAAGUAUGUGGAGGUAUUUUAAAUCAAUAAAACGUCUAUUUUAUGAA